AUGACCUGUUUGUGGAAAUGGAAAUCUACUGCAAAAGUCAUGCAAUUGACGAAUUUGCAACAAGAAAGCAAGCCAACCAAAACUCAGCUAUCCCUGGAAUGAGUCUAACAAAGAGAAAACAAGGCAAGAUUUGAUCUUGGGAAUUGCACUUCUCUACAAUGCAACUGCAAUAAACCAAAAAAAUAGAAGGUUCAUUUAUUGAAGAUAUCAUAUAGGGAAUUAAUUUGUCAUUUGGUUUUUUAAGGUCCAUCUUUAUAAAGGGGUCUUAUACCCAUCCAGUGGACACUUCAUCAACUAAUGUUUUAUAUGGAGUUUCUACAUACAAGAUGCCACACUCCUUGGGUAGUAGCUCAUUGGAUUUGUGUCUUUUGACUGUAAAAAUUAGCUUCAUGCAUAAUGAGUAGUGGGUUUUAUCAUGAUCCCCAUGCUGGAUGGUAUUACAGUAGUAGAGAUGGUCUUUACUACACAUAUGAGGAUGGAAAAUAUGUUCCAUUAUCAAGUUACAAGGGUGAGGAAUCUGAAGCUGUUGAUUCUACAAACUCCGCUCUGAGCGAAGCUAACAAAGACAAUACAUAUAUGCCUGCGCAUGCAGCCGGUGAUGAGUCCGAAAUUCCAAGUCCUCCAUCUGAGUGGUUAGAAGAAACAUUGAUUAAUCUAUAUUUGUCGGGUUAUUCCAAUUCAGAUAUAAAUGCUGAUAGCUCAUCAACAACUUUACAAACAAACACAAGUCAGGUCUCUUCUGAAGAACAGUCUGAUCAGCCAUCCUCAGAUAAGUUGCCUGGCUGUUACCGUGGCAUCACAUGUCAGCAAGUAGAAGGUGAAUUGAUCCCCGAGGAUGAGCAAAAUGCAUUUAGGUCAAGCAAUAGGCUCUUAGCAGGAGAUGCAUCAUGGGAUGAAGAAAACUGGAAAGCUCAGUAUGGCCAGGUUUUAACCUUAGAAGAUGAGGGCAUACCGUCUUUUCCGACAGUUGAUCUAUGGGAUUGGGAAAUUGUUAAAGAUCACACAAAGAAAGGACAUCAGAUAGCUAAACUGAUAGGAAGAUUGGUCAGGCGUUCCAGUAAGCUGCAUCCUUCUGUGCCAGCUGGUGGUGGUGUUCUGAAAACUGCUGCCAUCCAUGCAGUUCAUUUGGAUCUAGUAGGAGUUGCAUCAGGGAAAGUUUACAGGUUGAGGACCCCAAGCCCAAGAUACUUGGCUUCUGUAUCGAAGUAUGAUUCUUCUAACCCGACCAAAGAUUGGGGCUUCCCUGAUUUAUAUGCUGACCUGCAGAGUAGCACACACCAUAGUUUAAAUCAAAUAUAUGGAUCUGACGUUGCAAAUGCGGCCAAUCGAGAUAAUUUGUCUGCUUCCGUCGAUCAGGUUCCUGUUACAGUACAGAAGCACCAGAAUCUAGCUUAUAGAGAUAGAGCUGCUGAGAGAAGAAUGCUACAUGGUGGUUUCGGUAUCGGCCCAGGACAAAAGAAUGUGGAGAACGGUAAUAUUCAUGAGCUGGGAUCGCCUUCACAGCCUUGUGAUGCAGAAGAAGCUGCAGCAGAAGCAGCGGACAUAUCUUUUGGAAGUGGAAGUUAUGCUAGAAGGAUUCUUGAGAGCAUGGGCUGGAAAAAGGGAGAGGCUCUGGGGAGGACCACAAAGGGUAUCUUGGAACCACUGCAAGCUGUUGGUAACAAAGGCUAUGCUGGUUUGGGAUGGAAUUCUGCCCAGCACUGAAGCUUAAAAGGCUGGCUGCUACAUCGACAUCAUACACCUGACAUUUCUGUGAAUUCAUCUGGUGUGGUUUCACUGUGAACUAUCUUCUUCUGCAUGGCGCUUCAGUUCUAGAUGCUGGUGGAGCCUACUUAUUUCUACCUUGCUUGCGGAAGGUCACCUUGCCAUAGACUUUGCCAGGGCUUUGAAUAUUUUGCCGCACCCUUUCAACAAGUAUGAGAGGUUUUGGAAAGUGCCCUGUACCGAACAGAUCGCUGCGUUCCCAACCCCCACCAUCUGAGUCCUCUUGGUUGCCGGGGUUGAUAUUCAUAUGGCUCGGUCCUCUCUUUUUUUUCUUUUUUUUUUUUCUAAAGAGCUCGGCCCUCUCUUUUACGACGACGUGAAGUGUGCAAGGUCCUGCUGUCCUGCCUUCCAGCUUGACAUAAGCUUUAAAUCUAAUUAAUAUUUAGACAGCAAAUGUUUCGGGAGUAAGUCUUGGGAUUUGCAGCUGCAGGCGUGCUUGGCGUCGUCGUUUUAAUGUGGUCGUUUCCUCACAGUUAGUAAAACACAAACUUGGUGGUAUAGCGUUUGCGAAAAUAUAUGCUAUUUCUUGCUUUUAUCACUCCCUCUAA